AUGGCUCGUUUUUCUGGAAAAGUUGCUCUGAUCACAGGAUCUUCCAACGGAAUUGGCCGUGCCGCCGCUAUCCUCUUUGCUCAACAAGGGGCCAAAGUUACCAUAACCGGAAGGAAUGCUGAGCGGCUGAAGGAAACCCGACACGAAAUAAAAAAAUCUGGAAUCCCGGCAGAAAAUAUUCUUGCGAUUGUAGCCGACGUGAUCACAGAUGAAGGACAGAUGAGGCUUAUCAACGAUACUGUUCGAAAAUUUGGUCACCUUGACAUUUUGGUGAACAAUGCCGGAGGAGCAUUGAUGGAUGCUCAGGGGCGUGUUGGAAUGGAUCAGGAUAUUUCGGUGUUCGAUAACACUAUGCAGAUCAAUAUGAGAAGUGUGGUUACUUUGGUGCAAAAGGCCAAGGAGCAUUUGAUCAAAUCAAAGGGAGAAAUCAUUAAUGUUUCUGCCAUGGCAGCAGGACACCAUGGGGACCCCAUAGCAACUUUCUACGGAAUGUCCAAGGCAGCUCUUGAUCAGUUCACUAGAAGCUCUGCGAUUUCUCUGAUCCAACACGGAGUCCGCGUGAACUCCGUCAGUCCUGGAUUUACUAAGACAGGAUUCGGAGAAGCCAUGGGAUUUCCACCAAUAGCGAUGAAAAAGGUCAUAAGCUUCUACGAAUCCCACAAGGAGUGUGCUCCGAGUGGUGCAAUUGCUCAACCUGGAGACAUUGCUCAAGUCAUUCUAUUCUUGGCGGAUAGAACCAUGUCCUCAUACAUCAUCGGACAAUCAAUCAUAGCUGACGGAGGAUCCUCGUUGGUGAUGGGAAUGCACGCUCAUGAUAUGCUUGACAUUUUGAAGGCAUGAAUUGGGGAGGCGUUCUUCUCCUUUUUUGUUGAUAAAUCACUGAACACGUAAAAAAUAACUUUUUUCAAAAUAACUUCUUUCCUCUCUUUUUUUGUUUGACACAUUUUUAAAGUUUUAUAUAUCUCCUAUUUUCGUAUU